AUGAAUGACCAUUACCGAGCCGCCGAAGAUAUCAUCGCUGGACCGGUCUGCACCGGCACGGGGAGAGGGAUACAGCCUCGUAUUAACUCGAAGCGAUUCAUCAGGUUUUAUCCAGGUGUGGUAUAUCCCGAGGACCUGAUCCCAUACUUACCAAAUCUACAUUCCUACAACUUUAUUUAUUUACAUCGUGGUGAAGCUAAAGAUGCCAAAAAACACCCCCACCUCGACCAGCUCAGCACCAGGCAUAAGGUUCGGUUUGCGACAUUCAGACGCGCUUUGUUCUCCACCAACGUCAUACAUUGUACUUCACAUGAGUCAAGCCUUGAGGACCCCCCAAAUUUGCAACAGGGUCUCUUGGCGAGCUUACCCAUAGACGUAAUGGAUCUGAGAAAGGAAGAGGAUGCCAUGUUUUACAUAAGCCAGUAA